AUGUCAUCAUUCUCUAGCUAGCUCUAAAUUUCACUGUAACUUUGCAAAAGCGUGAGAAUUUCUCUCCACAAAUACUAAAGGGUCUUGCAUGCAUCACCAUAUUUGCGUAGGAUGGCUAGCUAUCCCAUACAUGAAUCAACAUUGGUCUUCAACUCUUCAUGCACGUGAUUCGCUAUAUUUCAUGUCUAUCCAAACACAUGGCCAAACCUUGAAGCCUUAUCUUCCUUAAAACACUCUAUAUUCACAAAACACCAUCCAUUUAUAGUCACCAUGUUUUCUCCCGGAACUAAUUAAUGUGUGCAUAUAUAUAUAUAUAUACCUCUAAGACGAAUUAUUUUCAUUUCAAACAAAACAGCAAGGAAUAUAUAUAAAUAGUAAAGAGAAGUUAAAGAUGGCGGCCGCAACCACAAAGCUUUUCGUGUUGGUGUUGUUCCUAGCAAUGUGUGUGGGCAUGUGUAGACCAUGGGGUGAGAAAGUGGCUGAAGGUACCAAAGAAACGGCCGUGGAAGCCAAGGAUAGUGCUGCCGCCGCCGCCGAAAAGGCCAAGGAAAAGACUGAAUCGGCUGCUACUUGGGCUUAUGACAAAAUCAAAAGUGGUUUGAGAAUGAACAGUAAUGAGGCGCAAAAACAGCAGAACAUACAUGAUGACCAAGUGCAGAAAAGGUUAAGCAGUGAAAAAGCCAAAAUAGCACAGAACGUAAAGAUUGAAGCUAAAGAAGCAGCCUCCAAUGCCACGGAAAAAGUUAAAUCUGCAGCAUCGGAUGCAUCCCAGUACGCUUCAGAAACGGCUUCAAGUGCGUCAAAGAAAGUAAAAGGCGCAGCGGCAUAUGGAAAAGAUAAAGCCGCAGGCGCAGUGGCAUAUGGAAAAGACAAAACCGCAGGCGCAGUGGAAUACGGAAAAGAUAAAGCCUCUGGUGCGUACGAAGGAACUAAGAAGCAAGCAAACAAAGCCUCCAAUGCUAUCGGAGAAACCGUUAUGACCGCUAAAGAUAAAACAUCAGCCACUUAUGACCAAGCUAAACACAAAGUCGCUGAAGCAUAUGCUUCUGCUAAGAAACCAUGACUUCAUACCUAAGCUUUGCAAUGCAUAACAAAUUUUGGAACUAAAAUUAGGGAAACAAACAAAAUAAAGAUAGCCUUAGUAAUUAGGGCAUCGCUGUAGUGUUGGAUAUUUUAGGACCCUAUUAUGUAUUAAGUGUACCGUGAAAAUUCAUGUACAAUUAAUUUAAAUAAUUUGAAUAAUUUAAUUAACUUUUAUUUAA